GUCUUACACGAAAGCUGCAUCUUGGUUGACUAGCCUGGAGCCUGCCUAUGAACUCUGAAAGUCCUUGGUAUGACAUAAUCUUGUUCUUACUUUCUCAUCAUUCGUCCGCUCUAAGACGUGUUUUACAAUAAUAUAAUAAUUAUUAUUUGUAGUGUUAUACUCUUAGGAGUGAUCAAAGGAGUAAUGUCGAAUAAUUUUCUAAGCAAUUGAAAGUGUGAUAAAGUAACUAGGAUAUGUAAAUUAAAAAUAACUAUGCCAACCUUAAUCAUAUUUAAUGAGAGGAUUAACAAAAUGUCUUGACAAAACGUUGAUUCAGCAAUAGGGUAAAGGAAUGAAUGUCAAAACUAUGCGAAAACACAAAAGCAGAAUGAAUGUAGGCACAUAAUAAAAAAGGGCACUUCAGCUUCUUUUAUUGGUUUGAAGACAUUUCCAUAGGAAGCAAUAAAUUUGUUGCCAGAUUUUUAUGCUACGAACGUUCUACUGUAGCCUGUCAACCAUGAACAACCAACUGAAAAUUAGCCAUUUACGAGUUCCAUAUAGAAAAUCCAAUGAUAUAUUCGAUAUUAUAAAUUUAAAGUACAAAGAUCCUUUACUUUUGUUUAAGUCGUGGUUUGAAGAAGCUAUCAAAUGUGAAAAUGUUUUUGAACCUAAUGCAAUGGCUCUUGCAACGUGUAGCAAACAGUGUAUUCCAAGUGUACGGUUUGUUCUUUUGAAAGAAUUGGAUGAAAAUGGAUUUCAUUUUUUCACUAAUUAUAAUAGCAGAAAAGCUCAAGAGCUUGAUAGUAAUCCACAUGCAAGUCUUGUUUUUUAUUGGGAACCUCUUAAACGUCAGGUACGUGUGGAAGGCGUUGUUUCACGUGCUUCAGAGGUAGAGAGUGAAGAAUAUUUUCAAUCCCGCCCGAAGGCUAGUCAAAUUUCUGCUACAGUUAGCUCACAAAGUGAACCAAUUCCUUGUCGUGAAUUUCUGGACAAAAAGUACGUAGAAUUAGAAAAUGAAUAUGCUGCGAGAGAAAAGCUUCCAAAGCCUUCAAAUUGGGGAGGAUAUAUUCUGUCUCCGAAAUCAAUUGAGUUUUGGCAAGGUCAAACAAGCAGACUGCAUGAUCGUAUUAGAUUUCGUCGUUGUGAUCAAAUUUCAGAAAUAAAUGGAUCUGACCUAGUACAUGUUGGAGAAAAUGGUUGGGUAUACGAACGACUAGCUCCAUAGAGGUGUGCUGUUUUUAUGCAUGAAUUUGUUUUAUAUGAGAAGUUUAGUUUCCUGCCACUUCUUGUAACAGUCAUACAUAUAGUCAAUAAAAUAUUCGCUGUAAUUCUUAAAAUGAUAAAUGCAAUCGCUUUCUCUGAGGUUUAUGAACUACUAAUGUCUUGGAGGAUGUUAAGUUCCCAAAGACAAUUUGCUAAUAAAAAAUUAAAUGAAGAAUCUUGUACGAAUAUAAUUGUGAGUUUUGUAUUAAUUCAGUGUAAUUUCCGUUAAUUUGACUUCUGGUCUGUGGACCUCGUUGAAUCACGAACAGUCACUUUACUAGAGAUCGUACAAAG